CAUCCAGCAUCUACAGUGUUAUUAAUCCAGGUUCAGAAACCACAGGAUAUAUCCUAAUAAAAGACUUAAACUCCACAGAUCAUAGUCACUCUGCAGCCUUUUUUAGGUUUCUGCUUCUUCUCAAAUUAUAAGGCAUGCUGGGUGGCCUGGGGCGGUGGUGUGCACCACCACAUGCACGUUAGUGAUCAGCAUAUAUAGAGCCAUGGUGAGUUGUCUCCCCAAAGCUGCUUUGCCAUGAUGGAUCUUAAGGUCAUCCUGGUGGUUGUCUGCCUGUGUUCUUUGGCCAUAACCCUCACUGAUGCAGGAAUCCCAAAAUGCUGCAUUAGGACAUCAAAGAUUCACCCUGCGUGGCUCAAGAAGGCUCAGAGAUGGCGGGAGCAGAGUGACAGUGGAGUCUGUGACAUUGAGGCUCUUGUAGUCUAUGUAAAGGGUCGGGGCAAACCGUUUUGUCUUCACCCAAAAAUGAGAAGAUUCCUGGAGAAGCGUAAAGUGCCCUAUGAUGGAAAAUACUAAGCUGUGGAUCCAACACUUUACUCUGUUUUGUUUGGUUUGUUUGUUUUCAAUCAUUCAGG